CAGCCAUGGUGACUCGAUUGAAUCGAUCUUCGCUCGCACCUCGCAGGAAUCUAGAUCACGGGACCAGUGCCGAUUCCCCAAUCGGGUAACAGCUAUGCCUAGCCGAUUCAGCCAAUGAAAAGGCGUGUUGGUCGCCAACCUCCUUCUAAUUUGUCAGCUCUGCGGGGGGCGCCUAUCAGCACGUGACUUUGAUGUUCUCAAAUGCAGUUGAGCUGAGGGAUUACAGCAUCGACUGUGAGUCAAACAUCGACUGUUGAUAUAUUCAAGCGGUGGGGGUAUUUCUUGAGACAUUGUGGAAAUAGACAUGGCCAUGGCUUCAGAGCGAAAUCCAACUGAGACGUCUCCGUUGCUCGGUGCGCAACACAAUGGCCUCCUUCAACCUCCAUCGAACGGGACUAUCUCCAACGAAGUCCGGGAUGUUGAGUCUGCGGAGGAGCACAUUCGUGCGACAGAGGAGCAGGGUAAUGGUGCCACAGAGAAGAAACUAAAUAUCAAAUACAUCGUGCCAGCGAUUUCUCUAGGAGUCUUUCUCUCUGCAGCUGACCAAACCAUUAUUAUGGCCAGCUACGGACAAAUUGGAAGUGACCUCAAGGCCCUUAAUCUGACAAGUUGGAUCGCCACUUCGUACUUUUUGACCUUGACAUCGUUCCAGCCUCUGUACGGGAAGCUGAGCGAUAUAUUUGGUCGGAAGCAAUGCUUGCUGUUUGGGUAUGCGGUUUUUGGCAUCGGCAAUUUGUUAUGUGGCUUAUCACGUAAUAUCCAUGAACUCAUUGCUGCUCGUGUCUUUCAAGGCAUUGGGGGCGGAGGUAUGACUACCGUUGUUAGCAUCCUUAUGAGUGAUCUUGUUCCUCUCCGGGAUCGAGGUGUCUGGCAAGGAAUCAUUAAUAUCGUCUAUGCUACGGGUGCCGGAACUGGUGCACCUUUAGGUGGUAUCCUGGCUGACUAUAUCGGCUGGCGUUGGUCUUUUAUUGCUCAAUUUCCACUAUGUUUAAUUGCUUUCGUCUCUGUGAUGAUCAUGCUAGACGUGCCUGCCCAAGGAAAUAGCCACUGGAAAGCCAAGAUUCGUCGCAUUGAUUUUCUCGGGGCUGCCAUUCUCAUCGGAGCUGUACUUGGUUUCCUUCUUGGUCUUGACCGGGGAAGUAACGUGUCAUGGACGAUGCCGUUGACCAUUGUUUCGUUGAGCGUCUCGGUGGUACUCUUUGUUGUAUUCCUUUUGGUCGAGAUAUACGUUGCAGCCGAACCCUUUGCUCCUGGCCAUAUCAUUUUUGACAGGACAUUUUUUGCCAGCUAUGGAUGUAACUUUUUCAGCUUUGGGGGCUGGCUAGCUGCUCUCUUCUACAUCCCGUUGUAUUUCCAAGCAACGGAUGGCGUUUCUGCUACAGGCGCUGGUGUACGACUAUUGCCUAGUAUCUUCGCUGGUGUUUCGGGCUCUCUUUUUGCAGGGUAUAUCAUGAAAUGGACGGGAAGAUAUUACUGGCUGACUGUGGCGGCGUAUUCCUCUUUGACGCUUGGUGUUACUAUGAUAUUCCUUUUCUCUGGUGGCGCUGUGUCAAGCACCGCGCCAAUGAUUUUGGGAAUGGUGGUAUCGGGUUUUGGAAAUGGGAUUGGUGUUACCACAACUUUGAUCGCUUUAAUAUCGAACGCAACACCAGAGGAUCAGGCAGUGGUUACUGCGUGCUCGUAUCUCUUCCGGUCACUGGGCUCAGUUAUUGGAAUCUCCUUGUCAUCGACAGUGGUCCAGCAACUCCUUCGCAAAAGACUGGUUUCCGACUUGAGUGGAGGUGGCAGCAAUGAUGCUGAUCGUAUUGUUGCUGGGGUACGUCAGAGUCUUGAUUUCAUCAAGACACUUGAUCCAACAACUGCCGAAAUCGUUCGAGGCUCUUAUGGAUGGGCGAUGAAUAAGGGGUUUUCCUUUAUGAUUGGAAUUGUCUUCUUUGCCCUGUUCAGUGCCUUUUUCAUCCGCGAAAAGAAGGUGACUCGUUAAAUCAAGCAGGGCGGGGGUGAAUAAUAAAAUUAGCAGAGCACACCCUAGGAAUAGGAGGAAGUCGAUGAAGGGGAAGGGAGCGGUAAAAAUUUCGGGAUAUUUAUGAGUAUUUAUUUGGUUUUCUACUGCAUAUAGAGUCGAUAUAGAGGCGAUAAAGUGCUGGCAGGGGACUUCAUCUGUGACUUAACCCGUGAUGAGCGCAGAGACAGGUGAUAGAGUCGCAGAGUUGAGAAAAGUUUCUUAAACAAAUAUAGAACCAUUCAAAUACUGACUUUAUAAUUGUCUUGCAUGCAAAUUGAAAUGAAAAGAGCAAGCACCAUCCAGUCUGACAGGG